AUGAGCCGUCAAUCAGCGCACGAUCUGGCGCUGCUGUACAGCUUGCAGCUUGUACGCCAGCUCUCUACGACCAGCAGCGCUGCUGGCAUUUCCGCCCGCCUACGCAAGCAGUGGCGCGGUCCUUCUCGUCCGCAGACGGCAUCAGCCUCAGCCUCAUCUUCAUCUUCAUCUACAGCUUCAUCAGCGACAGCUUCCGCUUCGUCGAGUCCAGAGACAGCGCCCAGUCCCCACUCUUCAGCAUCGUCACGCCAGCGGCAUUCUGCAUUCCGAGCGCUACGCCAAUCGUCCCGACCAAAUGUGCAAACGUCAUCAUCAGUGUCAUCAUCGCUGAAAUUCAUCGAAAGCGCAAGAAAGGGCAAAGAACGAGACUCGUCGCACCCUAGAACAGCUUCAUCUGCCGCAGACCAUUCGGCUUCGUUGAUUAAAGAGCUUCACGCGCUUGACGACCAGCUCGAUGCUCUCCAAAGCCAGGCAUUCUCCAUCUCGCAGCGGCUCAGGAAGUUGGCUUCUAGGCGUAGUAGUAGUGCUGACCAGCUAGAAGAGACCUGGGGUCCAGAUCGUCUCUCUGCUCCUUGCCGAGCUGAGACACGGGAAAAUGAAAGCAAAGCCAUCUGGUCCGCAUCUGGGUCUGCUUCUGAAUCGUCCUCUUCGUCCAGACGCACCGCCGACAAAAGCUCAGCUGACGAGCCUAAAACAAAGCUCCUCUUUGGCAACGAGCUGCUUGCGUCUUCCAAUCUACGCUGGCGCGAUGGAAAGGGCAAAUUGAUCCAAAGUCUUGUUUACAGUGGACCUUUCGCAGACGAACAGAAGAAAUGGACGGAAUCCAUCACGGGCAGUGUCACCCCGAAAAGCGUGCCUGUCGACAAGGUGGCUCCUCUGCGCGAGAUGCAAGUGGCUACACUAGCACAUGGGCUUGACCGGGUGCUCUUCAAUCCAGGCAUCUACUGGCUUCGGGAUCCUCGUUCGGGCAUCUACAACUUUGAUCCUCGCAUCAAAGACAUUCUGGACGUCGACCUGUUCGAUUACGCUGCGCUGCCGCCGUACGUCACUUCGAGCAUGGACCCGGAACUGGCAACGCUGACACAAAGGCACCAGAAAAAGUACUGCGGCAGCACAUCUUCCAUGACGUCGCUCUUGAGCCAGUGCUACUUUCUCAUCUCCGGUUGGCGGAAUCCGGAUGUAAGUGGGUUCUCUGCACCUUUUGCCGGUCUGCCGAGCGGCUUCAGCGUCGGAGCAAAGCUGCCUGCUUCUAUCGUGCUGCAUUACAAGGACGGGUACUACGCCAUCGACGCAGACAAAACCGCGGCAGGAGAAGCGGAGAACAGCAACUACGUGCUCACCUCUCUCGGCAAGAGCAUGGAAAAGAUGCUCACCGCUACACCGGAGGAGUAUGCCAAAUACAUGCGCAUCAACUCAUGCAAGCUCACACAAGAGGAAAAGACGAAACCGGAAGCGUACCAUUAUGCAUGCACGGACAAAAUCAUGAUGCGGUCGCAGCUCGAUUGUCACGAUGACCGCUUGCCGCGCAAGACAUUUGACCUAAAGACGCGCGCUUCGAUCGGCAUCCGAAACGACCGCGCCAACUACGUGGAAGGAUCAGGAUAUCAGAUCCGUCGAGCGACGGGUGUGUUGGAGAGUUUCGAGCGCGAGUACUUUGACAUGAUCCGCGCCGCUUUUCUCAAGUAUAACUUCCAAGCGAGGAUUGGCCAUAUGGAUGGAAUCUUUGUCGCUUACCAUACCACUUCGACCAUCUUUGGAUUCCAAUACAUCCCCGUCGAAGAGAUGAACGAGCGGCUGUUUGGAAGUCAGCAGAUGGCGGACCAGGCGUUCAAGUUGAGCUUGGGGGUGAUGGAAAAAGUGCUCGAUGCAGCUACGAGCAUGUUUGUGGAGCAAACGUUGAAGAUCACUGUAGAGACCAAGGAGAAAGGCGACGUGGGGAUGACGGUGUAUGUUGAGCCUGCUGAUGCUAGCAGCUGGUCGCACCGGCAAGCCGAACGUAAGCGUACGAUUGCGCAGCUGGACAUCAGUGUGGACAGGUAUCUGGAUGGCGGACUCAUGCUUGGACCCGUCGACUUUUCGUAUCUCCCAGGACGACGAAUCGAUCCGCUAUCGGACGACGAGAUCGAACGACGCAUGCGAGCCUCUCUACCUGCGGUACGCUGGGAGAUCGAUUACUCGAUUUCUCCGCGACCCGAUCUGACCGAGUCCAAGAUCCGUUCGAACCUAGAAGCGGUACGUGCCAAACAGGCGAGCUUGAACUCGCUCAUCCUUCCCAACGUCGAAGCGCUCAACGCUCGCGAACAGUACCGCACCGAACAACUCGCCAAGAACCCCGAUGCUCUGCAGCGAUUCUUGCAAGAGCGAAAAAGCGGUGUAGCCGCAGGCAUGCCUUUGGCUCCCGGACAGCUAUCUGCUGAGAAUGCUGCUUCUCAAUCGCCAUCCACACCUCCACCAGCAGAAACCAGCGACGCUUCCUCGAGCAAUACUGUGCUACCAGACGACGUGCUCAAACCGAUCGAACCAAACGACACAUCUCCACGUCGCAAGCAGGCCGAAUCGCGCUUCGUCAGGAUGCGAAACGCCAGAACAUUGCGUUUGAGGGAGCUGGCAAAGCUGGGCGCAAAGGACGCAAAUCACAACAAGAGCCUAGACAAGUUGAUUCUGUACCAGCCUAGAUCCUAG